UCGGCCAAGAAAACAUUCCUCCACGCUGGAUCCAUCAACGUCCAACUCCCGGACACGAUGCUGUGGAAGCGGAGGUACAUGAAGAUUGACGAGGACGGAUGGCUAUUCCUGUCCCUGACCGACGACGAGAACGCGCCGCAAACCAGGCGCUACCACAUCUCGAGUGAAGUGAGGAAGAUUGAUCUGCCCGACGUCGAUGAGCAGGAGCUCCCCUACAGUGUUCGGUUGAUGCUGCUGGAAGGUGGUAUGCUGCAGUGUGCCUGCCAGAACAGUGCCGAGCAGAAGCAGGUUCUUGGUGUUGUGCGCCGGUGUUUUGAUAAGUAGAAGCAAGCUUGAGCUAGCUUGAGCUAGCUUGAGCUUAAUCACCUGGAUGUUGUUGUCCUUGUAUUAUUGUGUCGCGUUUGAUACCACCAACCAGAACCAAUUUCUAAUAUACAUAAUUUCUCUGCCCAUUAUCAAAUCAGUCAUUGCUACUACAUUGCUACUACUACAUCUUGCCUAUUGUACAAUUAUUACUUUUUAUCUUGAUCUUACCUUACCUUUUUUAUCCCACCCACUACUUACCAUACGUUCAUUCUCGUUUCUCGUUUCUAUAGAGCAGGUUUUUUUUUUUUUGGUUUUUUGGUUGUCCAACCGCCCCCCUCCCUCCCUUACCGCACCUUUUUAGUCCUUUUUUCCUUAUACGGGUUGAAGCCAACCCUACACUACUCACCUACUCACCGGCUUUAUCCUGGUGAACUACCUACAUCCUGUCUGCAUUUCUUUUACUGUCAUCUUGUGUGUGCCCGUUUGGUGUGUAUGCAUGUGAAUACGCUCCGUUUGUCACGACGACA